AUGAGCGACAAUGACAAUGACAAUGACAAUGACAACAAUGACACUGCCAGUAGCAACAGCCAAGCACAAGCACAAGAAGCAAGUGUGAUCCACCUGGUGGGAAGUUUUGCGCCGUUGUUUGGAGGCCGCAGUCUCUCUGAUUGUUCGCCUGAAGAUGUCUCGUCGUGUCGAGGAGGCGUUGCAGCCACGGCAGCGUUUCAGCGGUAUUACGCGACUGAAGGCCCCACGUUGACGAUGCACCGACUGGACAAGCAGUCACAGUUCGUUCAAACGCAUCCACUGGGCUGGGCCACGAACCGCCUCGUACUCAACGAGUACUACGGGCUUGACUUUUUCAGUUCCUCGCCUUCUCUGCUGCUGCAGCAUAAGGACGACUUUAUCGUCAGUCAACGUGACAUUUCCGAUUUGCAAUCUCAUUCGUUUCCUCUUGUACUCACCAAUGCUGAGGUCCCGCCGUCAGUCAGCUGGCAUCCUUACGUACAACGCGUUCACUACGAUACAUCUAGUGGAACCAACUUGGCCAUCAUGUGCUUGGCAGGAAACGGCGAACCCAUGAGCAGUCAAGAUCAGAUUGCGGCCGUUAGAACUGCGCUCAAGGAUAUCGCCAAGCAAAACGAACUCAGAGGCUGUGCCGCUACUCGUUCCACCAGUUUGUACGACAGAUACCUACGAGACCAUCCCGUACCACCGCACCACACCGGUUCUGAUCGCACUAUCACCACCGCAGUUGUCAACAUGACCUGGAAACAAGACGCCAUCGACAGCAACACCAACUGCUGGACUCCCGUCCUUUACUUGAGCGAUUUCGAGCCAGAUGUCUUUCAAGAGACGAUCGACGCCAUGGCGCUUCUCGAAUACCCGCCCGCUGCUGUCAUUGAUGGGGCUGGAAAUGACGUCAAUGCUACGUUUGCCCAACCUCUGCAAGUUUCUGGGCGAAUCUCCAACUUUACAAACACCAUCCUGGACCUAGAAGAUGAUCUCACGGACGAAAUGAAGGAUGACCAGUACAUGCAGGACAUUGCGUUCAUCCGGACCCUCGCAGAUGAAGCUGAAGCCAAUGAUCCCAUUGUUGGACUCUCUUCCGAAAUGCCUGUGGCUCGCGAAGGAGACUACAGACGCUGCAAGGGGGGCGAAUGCGAGCAAGGGAACCUUUUUGCUGACGCUCUUCGUUGGAAAUCCAAUGCUCAUGUAGCAUUCGUUACUUCGGGAGGAUUGAGAGGCAGUGGAUGGCCGGCAGGCAAUGUCACUGUGUCAAACAUUUGGAGUACUCUGCCAUUUCCAAAUACCAUGUGCCAGGGUGUCAUGACCGGGCUGAUUGACUAUUCCAUGGGCGCUGCCACUUUUCAAUCGGGAGAAACGCAGGAUGGGGGAAGAUUGCUUCAAGUCAGUGGCAUGAAGAUCGUGUACAACACACAACUCCAAGAGCACCGGGUCAUUAGCAUUGACAUUUGGGACGAACAAACUCAAGCAUAUCAACCCAUUGAGCGCCUCAACUACUACUCCUUUGCGACCGAUAGCUACCUCUGCGGAGCCUAUGAUCCCUAUCCAUCACUCUUGGGAGAAGGUCUUGUGGUGCAAGGAGAAGUUGCCGGCAUGAUUUCGGAUGAUAUACAUCAGAAUAUCGUGGGAGAUUACCUGUCGUCACUCGAUACCCCUUAUGACGCAUCCCGCCAGGGGCGCUUGACAAACAACACAAUGGCCACAGAACCGCUCAAUCUGAUACAAACAAAAGAAGGAUGUCCUUCCCAAACGCAUUGGGUAGAAGCGUUGCAGUCUUGCUCCAAGUGCCCCAAUUCUACACACGUUGCCUUUUCCGAUGAACAGCUCGAGUUUGCUGCGGAAUCUGGGGUGGCGCAAUGGCUAGCGGGGCGCGUCCUUCUGGUUAACCGCGAACUCGAGGCAUUCCGCGUUGUACCAAAAAGCAUUCCGAAUAAUUGGAUGACACUGACGUGGGCGACUGGCCUCAAGCAGAACAACGGCACCGCCGUUGGUGGAAGUUUUCCCAAUGAGGACCUCGAAGAGCAUCUACAGUUGUCCGUGGACGGCGAGCCCACCCUCCUUCGACCGGGGGAGAGCUUGGCUCUCAAUUUCGCUGUCAAUGCCGAACACUUGGAAGCUGGUACAGCCUUGGGGACUGUUUCAUUUGGGGUACUCGAUGGGGGGAACUUUCCGGGCUGCGUGGACAAUUCGGAUGCUACAUUUGACAUUCUCAUGCGAGUGACACCAAGCCCCGAGUUCAACCAGCUCGGCAACAUGCGCUAUGUUGGUUUCUCCGCCAUGAUAGUGUCAAUGCUGCUUGCACUGGCGUUUGGAGCUUGGACACAUUAUCACAAGCGAGCUCGGUGCAUUCAAAAGAUGCAGCCUCUCUUCCUGGGCAUGAUUUGUGGCGGUGUUGGAUUCAUCUCACUGGCCAUGGGCUCGCUGAGCUUGGAUGAUGAAAUUGUGUCGUUGGCUUGGUGCGACCGUGCCUGCAUGAGUCUUCCCUGGUUCGUCAGCAUGGGUUGGACCGUGACUUUUGCAGCCCUUUGGUCCAAGCUUUGGAGAAUCAACAGGCUCUUUGGAGGCCGGCAGCAGUUUGCGCGAAUCACAGUUUCGGAAAGUGAUGCGCUCAAGUUCUUCUCGGUGCUGUUUGUCUUCAAUGCUCUUGUGCUGACCAUCUGGACAGUCCUUGAUCCAAUGGUGUUUGAGAGACGGUCUGUGGAUGGCGAGAUCUGGAACACGUAUGGUAUUUGUUCUUCCGGGAAAACUGGAGACUCCCUGCAGGGCGUGACUGUCGGAAUCAACGUGCUUGCCAUGGUCGUGACUGCGUUCGAGGCUUACAAAGCGAGGAACAUCUCGGGUGAUUUUUCCGAGUCGAAGCAGCUUGGACUUGCUGUGUACACCUGGCUUCAAGUUAUCCUUGUCGGUUUGCCCGUGUUGUUCCUGAUUGAAUCUGAGAAUGUUGCAGCAAGAUACUUCCUGCAGGUUGGUCUGAUCUUUUGCUUGUCGAUCACGAUGCUUUUGAACAUUUUCGUUCCCUUGAUGGUGCAUCUGCGCCAGCUUGGCAAGUCAAGCCCCAGUGGUGGUUCUGGACGAUGCAGCAACGUGAGGGUCAGCGGCAUGACGUUGCCUGGUCCAACUAUGAACACUCACGCCUCAAGUUUUUCAUGUACGAGAAGCAGUGUCCGAAAGAGCAUGCCAGCUGGCGGGAUGAACGACAGCUUUCCUUUGCCUGGAAUGGAUAUGUCUGGGGCAACGAGCACCAGCAACGGAAUGGCUGACAGCUUUGUGGGACAACUGAAUGCGGAAUUUGACCAACAGUACGGCACUGACCCUGAGCCUGGCUCUCACAACUCCUUUGGAACCUUAGAAUCCAAAGCAGAACUGGGAGAGUGUUCCUCUUCCCGUCCUUUCAGCACUGUGACUGCAACCAUCGAUGAAAAUGAGGAACUUGCAAGUGAUCCUUUAUCCGCCGAUUCAAGUACACGAAUGGCGUAA